CGGUGGCUGUGAGAGCAGAGACGUCUCCCUGACUUUUAUUCUUAUUAAACAUCGGGUUUAAGGCUGUUUAUUGGUGAUCACAACAGAGUUUGGGAACAAGGAUGAGAAAAAGUGAGGUGCUCGCAGCUGAGGCUGUGUCGUGCCUGAAUAAAGCGCUGUGUCACCUGAAGGACAUCUGGGAGGAGAUCGGUAUCCCAGAGGACCAGAGACUACAGAGGACUAAUGUUGUCAAGAACCACAUUAAGGGUUUAUUAGAAAUGAUGGUCAAAGAGGAAGAAUCCCUGAAGAAGAGGCUCAUCAGCAGCAUUCAGGCAUGCAGGACGGAAAUGGAGACACUCUGUCUGGAGCUUCAGCUGCCUGUGUUUGAGGACGAGGCCGGUAUCAGCAUGCUUCAGCAGGAGAAGAACAUCCGCACUGAGGUGGAGGCUCUGACAAAGGAGAAGACUCAGCGGAUGCAGCGGCUGAAGACUCUGCUGGAGCAGGACCAGGACCUGUGCGACAUUCUGUGCUCAAUGCCGUACGGUAUCGCUCCGGACUCCGUCCCAUCGCUGGAACAACUGGAGAACUUCCAGGAACACAUAUCCAACCAGAACGCAGAGAAGGCGAAGCGGUACGCUGAGUUCACAGACAUCAAAAAGCAGAUCAUCUUGAACAUGGACGUGCUGGACCACCUCCCCGAGACCAGUUUUGAGAAGGACGUGGUCUGUGAGGAUGAGGACGCUUUCUGCCUUUCCAGAGACAACAUUACAUCACUCAAACUGCUGCUGUGUCAGCUGGAGGAACGCAAGGCGGAGAACGAGGCGAUGUGUGAGGACCAUCGAGAGAAGAUGCAGCAGCUGUGGAACAGACUGCAGGUUCCCCAGGAGGAGAGAGAGCUCUUCAACGAACACAUGGUCACGUCCAGGAAGAGGAACCUGGAGGCGUUAAAAGCAGAGGUGCAGCGUCUGGAGGAACUCAAACUGAUGAACAUCCACAACUUCACAGACGCCACCCGCUCCGAGAUCGCCGUGUUUUGGGAAAAGUGCUUCUUCAGCAUUGACCAGCGGCAGGCUUUCUCACCGUACUUUAGCGAGGAUUUCACCGAAGAGCUGUUGGCGUUGCACGAAGCUGAGAUCCAGCGUCUGAAGCUGCAUUACGAGGAACACAAAGAGCUUUUUGACGGAGUUAACCAAUGGGAAGAGAGCUGGAGACUCUUCCUGGAGCUGGAGAAAAAAGCGACAGAUCCGACACGAUUCACCAACAGAGGAGGGAACCUUCUGAAAGAGGAGAAACAGAGAUCUGACUUGCAUAAAAACCUGCCAAAGCUUGAAAAGAAACUGAAAGCGCAGAUGGACGCGUGGGAGAGCGAGCAGGGUCGGGAGUUUUUCGUCAACGGCCAGAAGUUUCUGGAGUAUGUGGAGGAACAGUGGGAGCUGCACCGGAUAGAGAAAGAAAAAGAGAAGCAAGAAAGACACCUGAAGAAGAGCAAACAGACCGAGGAGGAUAUGCUUUACGGAACGUCGGUACGAACUCCGACCAAACGCAGAUUCCUCGGCACAACCACCCCAAAUAAAUCACGGAAGCUGGGUAACACCACCUCCAGCAUUUCUAGCGCCGCCUCUAACAGCACCAUGCGCUCCGGAGGCUAUGGAGGGACUGUCUGUCGCUCACCUGUGCCCCGCCUGCCUCUGUCAGCAAACAAAGGCUCAGCGGUGCGACCGGCGGGCGUCGGUAAACCCCCCCACCCCAGGGUGCAGAGCUGCAACAAGGAGAACGAGGCCGGGCUGAAGGGGACCCCUGUGAGCGGUGCGUUGCUGAGCCCCGCUGCUCCACAGCGAAACUUCAGCAUAACCUCUGUUGCCAGCACGUAUUCAGAGUUUGUGCGAGACCUGUCCAAGGCCUCUAACGCCAAGAUCCAGCACGACAUCCUGAACUCGACCACCACCAACCUCUGACCGUUGACCUUUGACCUCUCCGCUCGUGACGUCGACUGUCAGCUAUGAUAUCAUAGCUCAGACCUCCUCCAGAAGUGGAGCAAUG